UCUCAUGUGGUAGAGGUGGGGUAGUGCACACAUACACACUCAAACACACACACACAUGCACACGCACAAAUACGGUCAUUCAGUUCAAAGUUAGGUGGGUAAAGCUAGAGCUCUCUCAGGAGGAAGUGGAGCUUGUGGUUUCAUACAUCUGAGCCGGCACUGAGAGUGUGUGUGUGAAUGUGUCCUAAUGGUUCUGCUGGUCCAGAGAAGGACAUGACGCAAGACAGAUCUGCUAACGGACAGCAGCUGAAGAUCGUGAUCGUAGGGGAUGGAGGUUGUGGGAAAACGUCUCUGCUGAUGGUGUAUGCUAAAGGAGAUUUCCCUGAGACUUAUGCUCCAUCUGUGUUUGAAAAGUACAUGACGACAGUGAAACAUGGUGGGAAAGAGAUUCAGUUGAACCUGUAUGACACAGCAGGUCAGGAUGAUUACGACCGGUUGAGACCGCUCUCCUAUCAGGAUGCGAAUCUCAUCCUCGUGUGUUACGACGUCACAAACCCAACCAGCUACGACAAUGUGUUAAUUAAGUGGUAUCCAGAGGUGAAUCAUUUCUGCCGUGAUGUCCCUGUGGUUCUGAUUGGAUGUAAGACAGAUUUAAGAAAGGACAAAGAGAAAAUGAGGAAACUGAGAGCGCUUGACCUCGAACCAAUCACAUACACUCAGGGAGAAGAGACACAGCGACAGAUGAAUGCUACACUCUACCUAGAAUGUUCAGCUAAACACCGUGAGAAUGUAGAGGACAUUUUUAAAGAAGCCACUAAGCUGGCAUUGGAUCACAGUCGCAAAUUACGGCACAUGCGCAAAAAGCGGAGGAAGUGCCAUAUAAUGUAAUGACACCAGGAGAAGCAGUGUUCUUUAGUUUAUGUAGCUUUUUUUUUUUUUUUUUACAUUUGAAUGACUGUAUAAAGACUUUCAGGGAAUCGAUUGUUAUUAAGUGUUUAUUUGAAUGAAGAAGGUAAGAAAAUAUGCUGCUAUUGGCGUAUUAGCUCAUUAAAUGCCAAAUGUUAAAUCAAGUGUCCUUUACACACUAGUGCAUGUUCACUAGUGCAUAUUCAACCAGUUAUACAUGACACGUUACUGUGAAGUCAGCGCUCUCACAUCACUAACCUGUCUGGAAUUUUACAUCUUAGAUAAUGUUCAUUCUAUGGGGCUUUAAACUUCUGGGUGUGUCAAUGAGGUUUCUCUCUCCUUACAGUACCUUUAAUAACCGUGAUUACAACUAGCAAUGCUAACUGAGAUCACCAAUGUGAUGCCCAUGUUAACCAGUACACAGAAAGCACUUCAUUCUAAUGGCUCAAAGCCAUCAGGAAAACUUAUUUGUGCGUUGUACAGAUGCCAAAACUACACAACACACACGUCAGUAUCUCUGCCCAAACAUGUACUCAGGAACACUGUAUUUCUGCUCUCUUGGUGAAUUUUCCGAUUUUUUUAGUAGCUGUACUGUAAGAAGAUAUUUAGCCAAGGACAACUAGAGUAGGGCUGGGCGAUAUGACAGAAGUAUCAUAUCCACGAUACUUGAGGACAUUUCCACGAUACACGAUGCGUAUAAAGAUAUAUAAUUUAGCUAACAAACUGACUGCAAAUCAGAAGUAAAUUAACCAACCCCCCCCCCCAAAAAAAUGUUAAACUGAUUUUGACGAGACUUUUCUUUGAUGCCUACAAAGACAAAGAAGAUUAAGCUUUUAAAGAUGACGUAAAAUCAACAGCAUGCGUUUGUUACCAUUUAAAUUGUAAUUAUUAAAAACUUUUUUUAAAAUACAUCACCAUACCAACGAUAUCUCAGAAAAGUGUAUCGCAUAAUCAUUAAUCACGAUAUUAUAUCGAUAUAAGUUGUAGUAAUAAUAACAUCACCACUAAUGUGAUGCCUGUGACUGUUAACCAAUACAGACAAAGCACUUCAUUCUAUUGUCUCAAUGCCAGCAGCAAAACUUAUUUGUGGUUUCAUUUACAAACCAUCAGCCAGUCCUCUUUGGACCUAACAAAUUAUAAUAAAUGAUUCACCAAAGGGGAAGGGAAUGAAUGGACCGGUCGAGAGAAACAGUACAGGUUUAACAGGUUCAUUUGGCGGUUUUUAAUUCUGGCGCAGUGUUGAGUCAAACCUUACAAUGACGUUAAACACUGCCACCACACUGCACUGGAUCAAAUGUAUGUUUAUGGAUAUUUAGAUUUGCAGCACCCCCUAGUGGCUAAAUUACUGUCUGACCAAUCAGAAACCAAAAUUGUAUCAUGUGACUUUAUCUCCACCAUUCAAGGAGCUCCUGGAAUGAACCUCACCCCUCCAUAACAAAAGAAAAUAAUAACAUCAUUUACUAACUGAAAAAAAUUGCAUGCUUGUUUUUUUUCCCUUGUGAACCAUAAGUCUAAUUAUUGAUUUAAAUUUUUUGUUGUUCCUCUUAUUAUUAUUAUUACAUUUUUAAAAUGUGUGCGGAAUUCCCUGGGAUAGUCUCCAGGCUCCCAUGUGUAAGAUAAGCGUUGUGGAAAAUGGAUGGAUGGAUGGAUGGAUGGAUGGAUGGAAGGUUAUUAAAAUAUAUUUUAAAUAUUAUUCCAAAAUAAUUGUUUUUAAUUUUGUUAGUCUACCCUAACUUAUCAGCUUUAACCCUCGGCACGUUUAACAAACAUUCUUUUGUUUGUUCACACAUUUGCACUGACGAUAACUUCACACACUUAUUACACUGACGAUAAUUUGACUGAGACUGUUGGCCGGAAACUUUGGCAGAGCAGUGA